CAGUUGUUUGGCUACUAUCUACGAGGACUUCAAUAAAGUCCAAUUUAUUUCAAUGGACAAGCUUGGCUUGUGAGCCUGAGAGUUCUAGCUUCUUCCACUCGCCACCUCACUCUUUGUCCAUCUCUUUUACUCGCUUCAGUAGCAGAACUUGAGCGGACAGAACCCCAUAAAAAGCUCAAGAAAAUCUACAGCUGCUAUCACCCCAAUGGAUUUGUUCAAAUUUAUUACCAGAAUUUCUGCUUCCACCAUACUUUUACUCUUCUUGCUUUCUUUCUUCAGCUUCUCCUCAACAGACGCCUUUGAUGCACUUGAUCCAAAUGGAAACAUUACAAUAAAAUGGGAUGUGAUCACCUGGACACCUGAUGGAUAUGUGGCUGUGGUGACGAUCUACAACUUUCAACAAUAUAGGCACAUACAAGCGCCAGGCUGGACUUUGGGCUGGACGUGGGCAAAGAAGGAAGUCAUAUGGACCAUGAUGGGAGGUCAAACAACAGAGCAGGGAGAUUGUUCAAAAUAUAAAGGAAAUAUUCCACAUUGCUGUAAGAAAGAUCCAACAGUUGUUGACCUGCUGCCCGGAACUCCUUACAACCAACAGAUUGCAAAUUGCUGCAAGGGAGGAGUGAUCAACUCAUGGGGGCAAGAUCCAACCACUGCCGUUAGCUCAUUCCAAAUUAGUGUUGGUGCAGCUGGAACAACCAAUAAAACAGUUAGAGUACCUAAGAACUUCACUUUAAAGGCUCCAGGGCCUGGUUAUACUUGUGGACCCGCUAAAAUUGUUAAACCCACUAAGUUCGUCUCUGCAGAUGGGAGAAGAGUGACACAGGCUAUGAUGACUUGGAAUGUCACAUGCACUUACUCACAGUUCCUAGCUCAAAAAACUCCUACAUGUUGCGUCUCCCUCUCAUCCUUCUACAAUGAUACGAUCGUGCCCUGCCCGACGUGCACUUGUGGCUGUCAGACUAAUGGCACUCAGCGUUGGAAUUGUGUAGAUUCAAAAACGCCGCACUUAGCUUCAGUUGUAUCAGACCAUGGGAAGACCAACUACGUUCCUUUGGUACAGUGCACAAAUCAUAUGUGCCCAAUUCGAAUUCAUUGGCAUGUCAAAGUCAACUACAAGGAAUAUUGGAGAGUGAAGAUCACUAUAACAAACUUCAAUUACCGGAUGAAUUAUACACAAUGGAACUUAGUUGUCCAACAUCCGAACUUUGAUAACCUCACUACGUUAUUCAGCUUCAAUUACAAGUCACUGACUCCUUAUGGAGCAAUCAAUGACACUGCUAUGCUAUGGGGUGUGAAAUUCUACAAUGAUCUGCUGAUGCAAGCUGGUCCUUUAGGAAAUGUCCAGUCAGAGCUUCUAUUCCGAAAGGAUGCAUCAACUUUCACUUUUGAGAAGGGGUGGGCUUUUCCUCGCAGAAUUUAUUUCAAUGGUGAUAACUGUGUGAUGCCUCCUCCUGAUGCGUAUCCAUACUUGCCAAAUGAUGGUUCUAGGGGGGAGGUCUCUCUGCUUAAAUUAGUGGUGACACUGAUGUCUUCGAUGGCAGUUGUCCUUGCUCACAUUUAAAAGUAUAUACCUUGUAUAGUGCAAAGUGUCUGUUUCUGUUGGUUAUCUUUGAGUUGACACUCUUGUUACUGAGAAGACCGGCAUUCUCAAUGGUUUGCAAAAAUUAGUUUCAUCCUAAAAGGGUUGCUGCCAUAGUCUACUUUAGAAGUCUAAUUGUAUUUUGUAGGUUUGUCAAGUUCAUAGUGUUUCUAGGUUGUAUGAGAAUAACGGUCAAUUCACGAGCACAUGACUGUCUAUAUUAAAUUGUUUGAUGAGUUUGUUUUCUCCACUAUCGCCUUGUAAUGACUAGCUGUAUAAAGAUACAUUGCGACAGCAGUCACAUUUUGUUCCA